CAGGUAUAGUCGGGUGUGGGAUUUUUACAGGCAUUUCCGGAAAUGAAAGCGGUUGUUUUUAAAAAUAACAAGUGUUUUUGUUUAUUUAUUAGAGGUUAUUUGCUAUAAUAGUUUGGCGUGGAAUGUAAUUUCACGUUCAUUUCAGUUGAAGGAGAUUUGCCGAGUGUCACAAAGAUGAAUAUUGAGGCUCUCAGAGAAAGGCUUCACAAGAUACAGAAAAAAGAAAGCACUUUGGAUCUGACAGACCCAAAGCGAUGCCUGAAGGGAGACAGUCCUGAGGACUGGCUGGAGUACAUAGAGCAGGUGCAGGGGGAGGUCACCUUCCCCUCUCAGAUAGCCCAGCAUGAGGCCCUCUCAGAGCUCUUUGACAGGGCCUUCAAGGAGCUGAAUGCUGAUAAACACAAGUACAGUGAGGCGUAUGCUCAGCUUUUUGUGGCCUAUGGAAGGCUCAAGAGUGGGUUCGUGCCUGAUGAUGCGUCCAUGAUCUUCAACCAGGCGCGGGCAAUCAGCCGCAGGUUUGCUGUGGUCCACCUGGCCUCGGCACAGUUUGAACUCGAAAGAGACAACCCUGGGAAGGCGAAGAAGAUUCUACAGAAGGCACUGCUGUUUGAGGCGAAACCUAAGGAGGAAAUAGAGGCAGCCCUGGAGAAGUUGAAGCAUGGAGAAAAGACUAUCUACAGGUCACCAGUCACAAGAUACCGCAGGGGGAGUGGCAACUCUGCAGGUUCCAGGGUUGGAUCGUCGGGCAGUGAGCCAACAGAUGAGCUGACUUCCUCCUCCCAGAUAUCCAACACCUCCCUCAACCUGUCAGCCUGCAUCACUGCCAGUUUCGCCCCUAAGCUUUACCCGGCCGGUGAACCCUUGUCAUCCAGAAAGCCUCUACCUGCCAGGACAGGCACCCACGUCUCUCGGUCACAUGACCCUGCCACUCGACAGAGUGACGGAACCUUUCAGGACUUUCUUGUCGCGAUGCCAGAAGUGUCAGACAAGUCAGGUGACCACACUAGUACCAUGCCCACUGACAAUGCAGGCCCUGGGCACAAUGUGGCGAUAGUGGCAAGGAGGGACAGGAGUUCUAUUGAACCCCCCUACACUGACUCUGUGUUAAACAUGAGUGUGCAGUCUAGCAGACUGACAGCCGAAGUUGGACUGGGGCUGUUGAGUUCAGACACUGACCGGUGUCCAGUGAGUGCCUGCAAGGGUCAGCAGGCCGGAAGACUGACCCUAGACGGUUCCCAGCUGCCCCCAGCACACCCGGGCACCGGUAUACCACAUGACAGCUCGGUACACAAACAUGGCAUGAGGACCUUCAGGAGUACACCACUGUUACACAGCGAAAAAAGACCGGUGCGAUGCACAGCACCUCCCGCCCGUAUUAGAAAAAUCAACCUGCCCUUUGAGCCCCUCAACGGAGAGGAGGACGAAGACGAGGAUGAUGCCAUGGAUACAAUGGACAGCUUCAAGCCUCUAGAUAAAUCUGGGUUCAACAAUCACGCCCACACCUCGGGCUAUCUCUCCAUGGUAUCCGACUCAACUAUCGCCAUGGAAACUAAACCUCUGGAAAAACAGGUUAUGGACCCUUUGAGAGAGCAGGAGGAACCCCCUCUGUGUCCCCCCUCCAGCCUGCCAGCCCCCCGCUUGGCCCCCCACCACACAAUGGCGCCACCUGCGGGCCCCUCUCCCCAGACCCCGGCACACCAGGGACCCCUCAGGCCACACCCAGGGGCUCAACAGAUUGUAACACCUGCCCGCCCAGCAGCUGUCCCUCCUGCUGUUACUCCUAUGGGCAACAUGAAAAUGAUAGCUGUCAAUGACAAGGUGUACACCGUGCUGUCAGUGCUGGGUAGAGGAGGAUCCUGCAAGGUGUACCAGGUGUUUGACCCAGAGUGCAGCAAGGUGAAGGCCCUCAAGGAGGUCUACCUGGACAGCGCGGUGGGGGCCGUUGUUGAGGGAUACAAGAACGAGAUUGCCCUUCUGAGGAGACUGCAAUACUGUGAUAAAGUCAUCAAGAUGUAUGACAGUGAGUACAAGCCUGAUGAGGCCAAGCUGUACAUGGUGAUGGAGGCAGGCAGUGAGGACCUGGCCAUGUUCUUCCAGCGCGAGACCCAGAACCGUAAACACCUCAACAGUGUGGACGUCCGCUUCUACUGGCGGGCCAUGCUGCAGGCUGUACAGGCAUUACACAGGGAAGGGAUCAUCCACUCGGACCUGAAGCCAGCCAACUUCCUGUUUGUGGGAGGCACCCUGAAGCUGAUUGACUUCGGCAUCGCCAAGGCCAUCCAACAGGACAAGACGAGUGUGAUCCUUGAGGCCCAGAUUGGCACACUCAACUUCAUGAGUCCAGAGACCAUCAUGCACCAACAUGAUGGCAGUGGAUCCAAGCCUCAGUUCAAGGUUGGAGUAAAGAGUGACGUAUGGUCCCUGGGCUGUAUCCUGUACAACAUUGUGUUCGGACGGACGCCCUUCCAGCACAUACGCAACAACCUUCUCAAGCUGCAGGCCAUCACCAACCCGGACCUGCCCAUAGAGUUCCCGGACUGUGAUGACAAACAUGUCAUUGACGUCCUGAAGAGGUGCCUGAACCGUGACCCGAAGCAGAGACCGUCGAUAGAUGAACUUCUAGACCACCCCUACCUGACGGGUAAUGAAGUUUCAGAGCCAGACAAGAAGUCCCCGCCCCUCUCUGAGAGGCCCCUGGACACCAGGAUGGAGGCCUUUGUGAAGAACCUUGCCUCACAACUAGACUGCUCCCCUGGCGGUAUCAGGAACCUCGUCUAUAAAACCAUGACAUCAGAUGAGGGGAGCUCAGCAGGUUGCCAUGACCUUGCAGCCAAUCUACAGCGUCAGUCAACCAUAUCCAAUCAGAAGCGGCCUGUAGCCCCUCCCCCUAGCAUGGCUCAGCCUCCUAGCACUCAGGGGGGUCAGGUCAAGAGACUAAGGGCCCCUCUCAACCCCCUUAACCUGCAGGACUUGAAGCAGCCUGCGCCCAUCGCCCAUGGCAACCAGAGAAGGCAUGAGCCCACUUGAUACAGGGUCCGGGCUCGUAGGGACAUGUUAUAAAGCCCCAGGGGUCAUAAGCCAUAUGCUCUAGGGGACUGACUUGUGUGAAUGUUUUACCAGAGUGCCAGGUUGAAAGGGUCACUUGGGUUCAGCAAUGCCAGGCUUUAAGGGCAUUAUUGUAAUAUUUGGCUAGGAUUUCAUUAUUUUUAAGUUGCUUUUUGGCUGUAUAUCACUAAGUUGUUUGAAGAGCUUGUUAAUUGCUUAAUUGUACAACAAUAUAUAAGUGUUUGACAGAUAUCUGUUAUUGACAGGAAAAUAUUGCUAAUUUCUUUGUAAACCCUUGUAUUUUAUACACAAAAUGUGCAAAUGAUGGUUUCUACUAUCAUUGUUUUAUAAGCCAGUUUUUAAGAGAGGUGUAUAUGUCAAGUCCCAAACUGUGACACUGUCCCUUUAAGAUGGCUGCCAUGUUUAACUUUCAAGAUGUGCAUUAAGUCAGAUGCUGACUGCUAGAAACCUUGCUGUUUUUCUGUUGUCAUGGUGAUAGAGCUUUGGUUGAUGCUCAACAUUUCAUUUAGCUUUGUAGUUGAUCUCAUUUGAGCUUUGGGAAAACGGGGCUUUAUUCAUGUGCAUAAAGUGUCGUCCCAUAUCAGCCUGUGCAGUCCACACAGCUUAAUCUGUGAUGACUUUUGCCUAAACUGGAAUUUCCCAAAGAAAUUUGUGCGGUCACUGGAAAGAAUUUGCGUACUGCAUAGUCUAAUCUGGGACGACACUUUACCCACUUGCAUUAGGCCCAAAUUUUGCAGAGUGAGGCCUAUUUAAAUGUGUCUUGUUCUGAGAAAAAUGGGCAUAACGCAUGUGCGUAGAGUGUCGUCCCAGAUUAGCCUGCGCAAUCUGCACAGGCUAAUCAGGAACGACACUUUCCGCUUUUAUCACAUUUUUUGUUAAAAUGAAGUCUCUUCUUAGCAAAAUUCCAAUUUAGGCAGAAAGUGUAGUCCCUGAUUAGCCUGUGCGGAUUGCUAAUCUGGGACGACACUUUACGCACAUGCAUUAUGCCGAGUUUUCUGAUUGGAGAUGGUUGACUGACGCUGUAGAUUGGCUGCAAGGUCAUGGCAACCUGCUGAGCUCCCCUGAAAUAUAAAACAAUCAUUGGUAAAAUUAUAGCUUCACUACCUUUAGAUAAGGCCACAUAUAUUUCUAUUCUACACAUAUAUGCCUCUUGUACACAUAUAUGCCUCUUUUCCUAAUAAAAAGAGUAUGUUUUGUGAAUAAAGUAAAAUCUGGGUCGCAAGUGUUUGCAAUAUUGUUUUAGUUAUGAACAUUCCUGUAUUUUAGUUAUUAAGAUGUUAAACCUGUGUUCAUGUAUGUCUUUGUUUCCUUCAAAUUGUAUUAAACAAAUAAUGCAGAAAGUCUUUUUGCAGUUACUUUACAUUAUUAUUUUUUAUUUUCUUUUAUUUUGAGAACAUUUCAAAUCCAGUAUUGACACAAGAAUUACAAGUUUGUCUUUAAAAAGCAAAAACACACUAAACAUUUAAUUGUGUUCACGUUAUUUCUUGAUUCAGUUCAUCACAUCAUAUAUCAAGAUGACAUCACUAAUAUUCGAGGGUUCUAGCAAUACUUGCCUGGCAUCUUGUGAUAUCAUUCUGAAGGAAAUAAAGUGUGUGCUGGCUGUUAUUGACUAAGAUUUCGUAUGUAUAAAAUUGGCACUGCUUAUAAAGAAUUUCUGGAAGCCUGUUUGUUUUUUAUUUAUUUAUUGUACAUCAGUGAAUGCAUUGUUAAUUGUUUUUGCUACGAAUCUACUGGAAAUAUUGAAAGUAUUGAGAACUCAAUGUCUUACUGGCGCUAGGAUUUACUGAUUCCUACAAAACUUGUUAUAAUCGAAAGGACAGCAUUUGUAAAUUUUGAAAAGUUCUUCUCGCGGAUGUUCAGAUGUUAUUUUACAACACAUUUGCUUUCUGCAUGUAGAUACCUGUGUUUAUUAUUGCGAGCUUACAUACAAAAAACUUGUUUUGAAUGCUGCGAUUGGUGCACUGGAAAAAUUGUAUUUGUUGAUGGCUAAUAAUAUUAUUUUACAGUGGUAAUACCUUAACCCUUACAGUGCGGGAACCGAAUUUUGAAGGCCUUUGCAAACAGUUUGGAUCCAGAUGAGACGCCACAGAACGUGGCGUCUCAUCUGGAUCCAAACUGUUUGCUAUUCUGAUAAUAUUAUUUGAAAAAAAUCGAAGAAAAUGCUAAUUUUAGAAAUUCUGCAGACGACAUUUUAGCAGACGACAAAUUUCCCAGCAUGCAAAGGGUUAAACAUUAUCCCUAUCUGUUAUUCAUUUAUGGCAUUAUUUACAUCAGAGAAGGCGUGUUCUUUCUAAAUUCAAUUUUAUUUGUCUUAAAUUAAAUGUAAGUUUGGUAAAUAUGUUAUAUUCUUAAUUACAAAUAUUUAUGUUGUUUAUUGAAGAUAAAUGUAUGUAUCAGUGAAUACAUUAUUUUAACUGUACAUACAUUAGUAACCAAUUACGCAUUGUCUAUUAAUAAAUCAUGAAAGCUU